GGCAUUGCCCAUUCCUGUCCUGUUUGUUUAAAUUCCGGUGAGUGGGAAGUGUGUGCACCGUUCGGCAUCGUCUCAUAACUAUGUUUUUCCUGACUCCAGUCUUGGUAGCAGUUGUCUGCAUUUUGAUUGUGUGGAUCUUUAAAAGUGCUGAUGGAAGCAUCGAGAGAGGGAACGGGGAGCCUGGAGCCACGGUUGAGGCUCGACCCUGGGUGGAUGAAGACUUAAAGGACAGCACUGACCUCCACCAAGAGGAAGAAGAUGCUGACGAAUGGCAAGAGUCAGAGGAAAAUGUUGAACAUGUCCCAUUCUCCCACACCCGGUAUCCUGAGAAGGAAAUGGUUAAGAGAUCUCAGGAAUUUUAUGAAUUUCUCAAUAAGAGACGGUCUGUGAGAUUCAUAAGUAAUGAGCAAGUCCCAAUGGAAGUCAUUGAUAAUGUCAUCAAAGCAGCAGGCACAGCCCCGAGUGGGGCCCACACAGAGCCCUGGACCUUUGUGGUGGUGAAGGACUCAGACAUGAAGCACAGGAUUCGGGAGAUCAUCGAAGAGGAAGAGGAAAUCAACUACAUGAAAAGGAUGGGACACCGAUGGGUUACAGACCUGAAGAAAUUUAGAACCAAUUGGAUUAAAGAAUACUUGGACACAGCUCCUGUUUUGAUUCUCAUUUUCAAACAAGUAUACGGUUUUGCUGCAAACGGCAAAAGGAAGGUCCACUACUACAAUGAGAUCAGUGUUUCCAUCUCUUGCGGCAUCCUCCUAGCUGCCCUGCAGAAUGCAGGACUGGUGACUGUCACUACCACUCCUCUCAACUGUGGCCCCCGUCUGAGGGUGCUCCUGAGCCGCCCCACAAAUGAAAAGCUGCUGAUGCUGCUCCCUGUGGGGUACCCCAGCAAAGAGGCCACAGUGCCUGACCUAAAACGGAAACCUCUGGACCAGAUCAUGGUGACUGUGUAGGCAGGAGAGCAGCAGGAAGAUGCUGGAAGACCAGGCCCCUGCUCCCCGCUCCUGGUCGUCUUGGGUCCAUGGGCUGCUCUUUCUCUGGGUGGUAGUUGUCCCCCACCCGCACUCCACUUCACAGUGGGUGCCCACUCUGUAUGUCAAGAAACCUUCCCACCGUCUCCGGCACUUUGAGCUUGAGGCUCCUGCUUCUGGUAGACAGAUACGAUUAGGUGAACAUAUA